GGUUAAGCCCCGGCUCUGUACGUCCAAAGGAAAGAAUGCCCCGGUGCACUUGUGGAUGUAACCAAGACUUAUCGACCAGCCAAAUCAGCCGGCACCUCAAGGGCAAAUCGCGACCACACACCCAUGUAGCUGCGUCGACAUCAGCUUCAAGCAUGAAGGAUAAGAUUGAUAUGUUGAUGGGAUUGAAACCGAUGGACACUGAAUCGUCGUCAUUCCCGGCCCCUGCACCGACCAAUCCCGCUGAUAACCAACUUGGCGAUCAUUCUACAACCAGCAAAGAACCUCACGAGCCCCCGCCUGAUGUCGAGCUUCCACUUCCUGAUACCCCUGAACCCGUGCCCAUGUCCGACAUCGUCCAUGAAGCACUCAAUGCUGCUAGAGAGGGGCUCCGAACUCGGAGUCGGUAUGCCGCUUAUGUCGAAGAGGUCGAUGAAGACGAACCCGAGCUAAGUAAUGCUCAGGCUGAUGCUGAAGAUGAGGCUGACGCGUCCGCCGGUCAAGAUGAACAGGACCUUGAAGACGACAGUGGCACGGAACAAGACUUUAUCACAGGACUGUCACCACUUGAUGCGCUUGGGGAGAGUUUUGAAAGGGAACUGGCUGGGCUAGCUAAUCAAAUCUCGGACGCCGAUCUGCAUAUCCUACGGGUGUUUGCCCUCAAGGUGCAUGGCCAAGUGACCGAUAGAGUAUACCACAUGCUCCCUCGUGUAUUUCCUGAGACACCUACUCCUAGUAUCUAUAGAACUCGCCGCCAGGUGGCAGCCUUGUCUGGUGUCACUCCUAUCUUGUACGACUGCUGUGUCGACAACUGCUGUUGCUUUACCGGCCCCUAUGCUGAUCUCGAAACCUGCCCGUACUGUAAGAAGCCGCGCCGUGACUGGUGGGGAAAGCCACAGUGUCAAUACACUUACAUUCCCUUGAUCCACCGCCUUGUAUCUCUGUUCCGGAAUGCCGAGGCUGUUGAGACCAUGCGCUAUCGCUCUGAACGCCUAUCUAUGCCAAAUGUUGUGUCUGAUAUCUUUGAUGGCCAACAUUACAAGAACCUGCUCCAGACCCGGGUUACCGUCCAUGACCACGAACAGCCCCACAACUUCUUCUCAGAUCCUCGUGAUAUUGCACUUGGUAUGGCUACAGAUGGCUUUGCUCCCUUUCGCCGUCGAAAGACAACG